ACCACAGUUGCAAUUUUUCCUUCCUCUCGAGCUUUUCCAUUUCCACGUCUAAAAAUGGCUGCAAAUGGCAUCAAUUCCUUCUUUCUCGUCAAAAAGCUCUCAGAUAAUGCCGUUUUACCCUCCAGAGGCUCCUCUCUUUCUGCUGGCUACGAUCUCUCCAGUGCAACGGAGACAAAAGUGCCUAAAAGGGGAAAGGCUCUAGUACCCACAGAUCUUAGUAUUGCCGUUCCUGAAGGAACCUAUGCCCGUAUAGCUCCAAGAUCAGGAUUGGCCUGGAAGCAUUCAAUAGAUGUUGGGGCAGGUGUGAUUGAUGCAGACUAUAGGGGACCAGUUGGUGUUAUUCUUUUCAACCAUUCUGAUGUUGAUUUUGAAGUGAAAAUUGGUGACAGAAUUGCUCAAUUGAUCAUAGAGAAAAUCAUAGUGCCAGAUGUUGAGGAGGUUGAUGAUCUAGACUCGACAGUUAGAGGCUCUGGAGGCUUUGGAUCAACCGGCGUUUGAAAUCUUUGGCUUGAAUUAGAAUCAUACUGGUUAAAGUACUAUAUUUACCAGUAACUACUGAUGUAUAAAUUUUUGUUCAUGAGUACUUUUGGCCUUGGUAAUUUGGAUAUGUUUUUAUAGAUUGGAGCAUUUUGGAAAUUGCAGAUUAGUUAAGUCUUUAUGCUUUGUCAACGUUUAUGUAUGUGUUUUUAUGUCAUGUUUGUUUUAAUUCAUGAUGCGAGUUAAGGUUUCUUGUC